AUGUAUUGCUCCCUAACAUCUUCCAGAAAAGAUGUCAUUGUCCGGCAUACCAGAAACUUCCAUCACGGCCUUGGUAAUAGAAAGUCUUCUGGCUUUCGGGGCAGGCGUCGCACCAAUUCACAUCCCGGAGCUUCUCGCCCAAGAGGCUCAAAGAAUGGUUCUGCGCGAGCAUCGCCUGCCACGACGACGGCUCGGGGACAGCAAAAUCGCCAUUCAGAGGGACUUGACCAUGUGAUCGAGGAGCGCGACGAGUCGCCGACAAACAAUGAAGUAGACGGAUCUCAAAGCAGCCAGGCUAAUUCUCUGGACAUUGCCAUGCCCUCGCAGCCCGACAUGUUUCCCCCCUAUAUUUCAGGGAGUCCCUUAGAAUUCAAUGCUUCAUUCAUGGACCCCGAGCUCAUCAACACAAAUCUUUCGGCCAUGUUCGACCUCGACGCGCUCCUGGCUGAUGCCCAAGGACUUUUUGGCCAGGUCUCAAACUGCAAUCCCCCAGAGAUACCGAUCCUAGCCCUGGAACCGCCGAUACCCAACAGACCGGCCAUUCUCGACCAGUCAGACAACCCUCCUAGCCCGCGCAAUCUUGUGCCAAACGACGAUAAAUGCGAGAAUGCUUGGGCCAACCUCACCAAAUAUCCGGUCCACAUACUCGCUUCGCUUCGCUUUCCUUCAAAAUAUGCAGUGAGACGGUUCGUCAAGGCUUUUUUUAAGCAUAUUUCUCCUCAUAUACCCAUAAUACACGAACCGACCUUUGACAUCGCAACGACGCCAUCUCCCCUCCUGCUUGCUCUAAUGGCCUGCAGCGCUGUGUAUCUUGGUGAAUACUCCAGAGCUACAUCGAUGCAUACCAUCUCUGUACAGCUUGUCUUCGAGCAUGAACGGAUGGUUGCUUUCAACAAGGCUGAUCCCGAGACUCUGACGUGGAUGCUGCAGACAUAUUUACUCCUCGCCUAUUUUGAGAUUCACUGCGGCUCAGAGGACAAAAGAGGCCAUGCGUUCCCUCACUGCGUCAAGCUUGUACAAGAAGCACUCAGCGACCUGCAGGCGAGCCCGCCAGCCACGUACAAAGAUUGGGUACGCUGGGAGAGUCUAAACAGGUGCAUCUCGUCUACGAUUCUUAUAGGUGGCACUGUCUGCUCCAAAGAACAAGAAGCGUGGAUUCCAACCCCUAUGGUCGAAGCCAGAUUCGCUCUGCCGUCAAGCAACGCAGAGUGGCUAAAAGAAGAGUCCAGCUGGGGCACGCCGACCGAAGUUCUAUACAGCAACGAUGCACUGGAUAGCAUCAUCGGCGGUCAAACACCAUCCAUGCCAGUGAGCGAAUUUGGUCUCGUAACCAUUGCAGCUGCCCUUCUCUACAGGAUAUGCUCAUUUGAGCUACUAACAGGCUCACGCGACGGGGAACUCUACGCAGAAUUCGGCAAGAAGAUGGAGCAGUCGUUGAAAGUUCUCGAUGCGAUUCUCAAAGCUCGUAUGGUCCAAUAUGAAGGCGGACUGGCACCGAAUCCCACUGUUCACUGCGCCAGAUCAUUACUGAACUCAGCUUUCUACCAUCUCUACGCUAGUGUUCCGCUGUCUGUCAUGAAGAAGAUACUCUGGUCGCCCGCCAGCCUCGAUGAUCCAGAAAUCAGGAACGUUUUAAACGUGGCCAUCUCGCCUGAACUCUACCAGGCACUCCUGAAUGCCGCGGAUCAGCUACAAUUCGACUGCCGGGUGGGUUUAUCUUACAUCAAAAAAUUAGCACCCAUAAUCUUCGGGCCUGAAAGUGCGGUCGGCGCCUUAGAGGGCUGCCUCCUUCUGUGUUGGUACCUUCAAUUCGCGCAAUCUCGUGUAUCGGAGAACGGGUCACGCGAUAUUCUUAAUGCAUCAAUAAAUGAGAGCUUUGCAGAGGUUGUGGACCUGCAACUGGAGGAUCAUGGCCUACAAUCAGUCUUACCGCUUGCCGUGUCAGCAGAGCUUCUCUCGGAUGGCUCCGUGUGGAAAUGGCCUCCUGCCGUGUCGCAAAAGCUGAAAUCAUUGAUUAAGAAAUUAGAGGAUUCAGACAAUACCAUACAUGUUGCAACGGCUAACCCACUAUAG